AUGAGAGCAAUUGCUCGAUCAAUUAGCCAAUGUAGAUUAGCUUUACAGCAUCAAGCAUGUCAAUACUCAAGUGGUUUUGUGAGAAGGCAAAAGCUUUUGACAAACACCUACUCUGGGUUUGUUUAUAAACACGCUAACAAUGCCGAAUUCGAUAUCUUUCAACGACCCAGGUUUUCUGUGAUCUCAAGAGCUCUGUCAGUAGAUGCUGCUCAUGUUACUAAUGGAGUGGCAGAUGUAAACAGAGCAGGGCCACUUGUUGAGUAUGAACGAAGAAUUGCCGCUGGUGAACUUGUUGAUGGUGAUGCCUGCCAGGUAGGCACCUUAAGAGAACUUCAAAGGCUCUAUGAUGAACUUGUCCAGUCAGCUGAUGCCUGCCGAUUGGAUAGGUAUACAGCUUCUGCGAAAUCUGGAAGGAGUAGGUGGUUGUGGUCUCGUUUCAUCCCACAGUCUUCAAGCUCACCAGUCAAAGGUCUUUAUCUUUAUGGAGGGGUGGGCACCGGGAAAACCAUGCUGAUGGACUUGUUUUAUGAUCAGCUAAAAUGCAGUUGGAGAAAAAAGAGGAUUCAUUUUCAUGACUUUAUGUUGGAUGUCCAUAGAUGCUUGCGAAAGCACAAGGGUGUAGAAGAUCCGCUUGAAGUGGUUGCAGGAGAGAUAUCCGAUGAUGCAAUCUUGUUGUGUCUGGAUGAAUUCAUGGUGACUGAUGUAGCUGAUGCAUUAAUAUUAAACCGUCUGUUUAGACAUCUAUUCAACAACGGUAUUAUUCUUGUUUCCACCUCCAACCGUGCUCCAGAUAAGCUGUACGAAGGUGGACUACAGAGGGAUCUUUUUCUACCCUUCAUUGCGAGUUUGAAGGAAAGAUGUGUAGUUCAUGAAAUUGGUUCGGCAGUAGAUUACCGGAAACUGACUUCGGCUGAGCAAGGUUUCUACUUUGUUGGCAAAGAUUUGUCAGGCUUUCUGAUACAAAAGUUUCAACAAUUGAUUGGGGAACAUGAAGCUGGUCCACAAGAGGCAGAAGUAGUAAUGGGAAGGACCUUAAAGGUUCCACUAGGUGCUGAUGGAAUUGCCUAUUUUCCUUUUGAGGAACUAUGUGACAGACCUAUGGGAGCUGCAGAUUAUUUUGGAUUGUGCAAGAAGUACCAUACCCUGGCAUUGGAGGGCGUCCCAAUAUUCGGACUCCACAAUAGGACAGCAGCAUAUCGGUUUGUCACUUUAGUUGACGUGAUGUACGAGAACAAGGCCAGAUUGUUGUGUACAGCUGAGGGAACUCCAUUUGAACUCUUUGAAAAGAUUGUGACGAUCUCUGAUGCCCAACAAAUGGCACCUAGAACCUCUUCGAGGUCAAGGAAAAAUGAUGAUUCUGGGCUGUGUGUGGAUAAUGAAUUGGGUUUUGCUAAAGACCGCACCAUUAGUAGAUUAACAGAGAUGAAUAGCAAAGAAUACUUGGAGCACCAUGCUGCAACGAUUGGAGAAAAGAACUCACAGGAAGGUGCGAUUCACGAUAAAACCGUGCAAGCAUGA